CGUGGCGUCGUUACGUUCGGUGCUCUCGCUGCGGGCGCGCGGCGACGGGCGUUAAGCUGGGAACGCUGUCAGAAGUUGCUCUUGCGCGCACGGCGGGCUGGGAGCGCUAUCAGCUGUUUCUGGUGCGAAGCGGUGCUUGCUGCCGGCGCGAGAUCAGUAAAAGCGGUCGUGUCGCGCUUCUCGUAGCCCAACGAACGUCCCACGGCAACGAGAGCGGCAGUCGCGACGCCUAGCGCGCGUCUGGGGCUUGGCUCUCUGGCUUCAGUGAUUGGCACCGCGGCAAAAGGGCUGGGUCCCGCCGCCGACAGCGCACCGCUGCUUGCGAGAGAAGUUCAGCAGUCAAGCCACUCGCCGUCCGACGCCUCGGACACGCAACCUCGCCGCCCGACGCUUCGCACCGGCAGCUUUGCACCCAGAGUGCGCCAGGGCUGCCAUCCGCGCGACGAGGCGAGGCAAGCAGCCAUGGCCCUCGCACGAACCCACCAACAAGCAAAAACCAUCCUACGACGCCAGGCCCCCGGUAUAACGCAAGCGCGCCAGUUACAUCUCACGCCGCGCGAAGCCGAUCAUCUCCAAUUACACCAAGUAGGCGCCUUAGCCCAGAAGCGCCUCGCACGCGGUUUAAGAUUGAACCAGCCCGAAGCCGUGGGUCUGAUCUCCACGGUGAUGCUUGAAAAAAUAAGAGACGGCGUCGGCGUCGCGGAACUUAUGCAAACAGGACAACAGUUACUGGGGCGGCGGCAAACGUUACCCGGCGUGCCCGAGGUCGUCCAGGAGGUCCAGGUCGAGGGCACCUUCCCGGAUGGGACCAAACUGUUGACCGUGCACCGGCCCAUCGCCUCUGAGGACGGCGAUUUGGAACUAGCCUUGCACGGCUCCUUUCUACCGGCGCCUCCUCUCAGUGUAUUUGGCAAUGCCUCAUCCAUGAUCCCGGGAGCCGUUGCGACGGAAGACGGCACCAUCGAGCUGAACGCGGGCCGGUCAUUGGUCGAAUGUAGUGUCACUAAUACUGGGGACCGACCGAUACAAGUGGGCAGCCACUACCACUUCCUCGAGACGAACGCCGCGUUGGUCUUUGAUCGCGGGCUGGCCUACGGACGUCGUUUAAAUGUCCCCUCGGGUUCUUCCGUGAGGUUCGAACCAGGAGAGUCCAAAGUUGUUACUUUAGUAGAUAUCGCCGGCCACAGGAUCGUGAAGAGCGGCAAUUUGUUGACGAAUGGAGAAGCGUCCGAAGCACGGAAGGCGGAGACGCUCCAAAGAGUCGUGGAUAGAGGCUUCGGCCACCAGGACGAAGAGUCGAGGCCCGGAGUAGCUUUGCAGAUCCCGCGGGCCCACUACGCGGAGUUGUUCGGUCCGACGACGGGCGAUGUGGUCACGCUAGGAGACACGUCGUUAAAACUCAAAGUAGAAAAGGAUUACACGUCGUAUGGUGAUGAGUGCAAAUUUGGCGGCGGCAAGACGCUGCGCGAGGGCAUGGGCCAGCAGACCGGGUGUUCUGCGGACGAAGCCUUGGACACGGUGAUCACGAACGCCUUGAUUGUCGAUGCUGUCCAAGGCAUAGUCAAGGCCGACGUCGGUUUGAAGGGGAACAGGAUAGUAGGCAUAGGAAAAGCAGGAAACCCGGACACCAUGGCCAAUGUGACGCCGGGCAUGACCGUUGGGGUUACUACGGAAGCGAUCGCGGGCGAGAAAUUAAUCCUAACAGCAGGAGGUGUAGAUACGCACAUCCACUUCAUCUGCCCGCAGCAGUGCGAGGACGCCAUCGCUUCGGGAUUGACCACCAUGUACGGCGGCGGCACGGGGCCGGCCUCCGGCACCUGUGCUACUACUUGUACUCCAGCCCCUUCCGAGGUCGAAAUGAUGCUGAAGGCGACGGAUGCGUUUCCGAUGAACUUCGGCUUUUCCGGGAAAGGCAACGCGAGCGAUCCGGGGGGUCUCAAGGAGGUCCUGGACGCGGGCGCGGCCGGUUUCAAGCUCCACGAGGACUGGGGCACGACGCCGGCCGCGAUCGAUGCGUGUUUGUCGUUCGCGGACGAACAUGAUGUGGCGGUCACGAUACAUACCGACACUCUCAAUGAGAGUGGAUUUGUAGAUGAUUCGUUAGCUGCGAUCAAAGGGCGCACUAUUCAUACGUAUCAUAGCGAAGGGGCGGGCGGCGGCCACGCCCCGGACAUCAUCAAGGUCUGCGGCGAGCCGAACGUCCUACCGUCCUCGACGAACCCGACGCGGCCGUUUACGGUCAACACCAUCGAUGAACACCUGGAUAUGUUGAUGGUCUGCCACCAUCUAGAUAGCAAUAUCCCGGAGGACGUGGCCUUCGCCGAGAGUCGUAUUAGGGGCGAGACCAUCGCCGCGGAAGACAUUUUACACGACCUCGGGGCCAUAUCGAUCAUCUCGUCCGACAGUCAAGCCAUGGGCCGCAUCGGCGAGGUCGUCACGCGGACGUGGCAGACCGCGAACAAGAUGAAGGACCAACGCGGGGACUUACCUCAAGACAAGGAUACGGGCGCGGACAACCACCGCAUUAAGAGGUAUGUGGCGAAGUAUACGAUCAAUCCGGCGCUGGCCCACGGCAUGGCCGACCAUAUUGGGUCGAUCGAGGUCGGCAAGCUCGCCGAUCUGGUCCUGUGGAAGCCGUGCAACUUCGGCGCGAAGCCGGAGAUGGUUAUUAAAGGAGGGAGCAUCGCCUACGCGCAGAUGGGCGACCCCAAUGCGUCGAUACCAACUCCCCAGCCCGUGAAGAUGCGGCCCAUGUUCGGGGCCCUUGGGGGUGCGGUGGGCGACACGUCGCUGGCCUUCGUGUCCAAGUCAGCGCACGACCUGGGUGUCGGGUCGAAGUACGGCUUGGCGAAGACGACGGCGCCGGUCUCCGGUACGAGGAGCGUCGCGAAGCGGGACAUGGUUUUGAACGACGCCUGUCCUGAAAUCACGGUCGACGCCGAGACUUUUGAAGUGAAGGCCGACGGCGAGGUGCUGACGUGCGACCCGGCGUCCGAGGUGCCGCUCGCGCGGAGCUACUUCCUCUUCUAGGGAGGGCGUUUUGCACAUAGAUAAUCCUGCCUAAUCACACCAUCAACUCGUA